GUAACUGGACUAAUCAAAGUUCGCAUUCAUCUAAUUCCAAGAACUUGCCCACAGACAAUUUGCUUUUUUCAACAGCGAAAGCGAAAAGGAAAGACAAGAUUGAUAUUCCUCACGGCACUCCUCUUUUGGGUUACUUCCUUGUCCUUACCAGGAUUACCACUGUCAACCAAGCUUCCCUAUAUCCAACCCUUAUUAUAUAUAUGCUUGGAAAUUUGUAAAUUAAAGCAUUGAUAUCCUUGGUUAUUUAUAAUCCAAGAAAAAUAGUGAUGGGUUUGAUCAGAUCAGUAGUACUAAUUGUGCAGCAGGUGAUAUUGCUUAAUGCAAUAUCGGCGGUAAAAGCAACGGCAGCGGUAGCUUAUCAAGCAAACUCCAGCUGCCAAAGUCGCUGCGGCGAAGUUAGCAUCCCAUACCCAUUUGGUACCGGCGGUGAUUGCAACGUCAGUAAACAUUUCUUCAUCACAUGUAACACCAGUUUCACACCCAGCAAAGCAUUCUUAACUACCAGUUCCAUUGAGAUCCUCGACAUAUCUCUCAAUGGUCAGUUGCGCAUCCUUGCUGAUGGAAGCUAUGAUUGUUACAACAAUUCAGGGGCUACACGGAAUUUUACGUACUGGCUCCAACUUGGUAAGUUUUUCAUAAAUAAUACCAGGAACAAGUUCACUGCAAUCGGGUGCGACACCUAUGCUCGGGUGGAAGGUUUCUCCGGACAACGUUAUGCAACUGGUUGUUUGUCGUUAUGCAACAACAUCAACGACGUUUCAAACGGGUCUUGCUCUGGGAUUGGCUGCUGUCAAACAAGUAUCCCAAAGGGUGUGAAGAGCUAUAACAUCACUAUUGAAAGCUAUGAGGACCAUACCGAUGUAUUGCCCGAAAACCCUUGCAGCUAUGCAUUUGUUGCAGAGAACGAUAACUAUACCUUCUCUACUUCAGAUCUUCGUGGUUUCGAUUUUAAAGACAAGAUAUUUCCGGUUACUCUUGAUUGGACAAUCGGGAAGAAGAGUUGCAAGGAAGCUAAGAUGGAUACCAAGAGUUUCGCAUGCAAAAAGAAUAGUAAAUGCAUUGAUUCGGAACAUAACUCUGGAUAUAUCUGCAAGUGCUUUGAGGGUUACGAGGGGAACCCUUACCUUCCCAAUGGAUGUCAAGACAUAAAUGAGUGUGUAACUAUGAGUCCUUGCAAUGGAACGGCAACAUGUAUCAACUUAAAUGGGACAUAUGAUUGUCUAUGUCCGCCUGACUAUAAAGGCGAUGGUAAGAAAAAUGGAACAGGUUGCAGUUUACCCAACAAGGAUCAAUCCAAGAGAUCUCUCCUUAUUGAUGUUGCUCUAGGGAUUGGCGUUGGGUUUCUUGGUAUCCUCUUAGGGAUAGUAUUGUUGUGUUGGAUGCUCAAGCAAAGACAGAUUUCUAAGUUAAAAAGGGUUAACUUUCAGCAAAAUGGUGGCAUUUUGUUACGUGAACAACUUUCAAAACGACAAGGGUAUCGUGAAGAAGUUAAAGUAUUUACAGUUGAGGAACUCGAGAAGGCAACAAACAAUUACCAUGAAAGUAGAAUUUUAGGACAAGGAGGGCAAGGGACAGUGUACAAGGGAAUAUUGGCGGAUAAUCGAAUAGUUGCCAUUAAAAAGUCAAUAAUUGGAGAUCCUAGCCAAGUUGAACAAUUCAUUAAUGAAAUAAUGGUGCUCUACCAAAUCAACCACAGGAAUGUUGUCAAACUACUAGGAUGUUGUUUGGAGACACAGGUUCCACUGUUAGUCUAUGAAUAUAUCACUAAUGGAACUCUUUUUCACCAUUUGCAUGAUGAUGAUGCUGCCCUUGAUCUUCUAUGGGAAACUCGUUUGAGAAUCGCCACUGAAACUGCCGAAGCUCUUUCUUAUUUGCACUCUGCAGUUUCUAUUCCAAUCAUUCAUCGAGACAUCAAGUUGGCUAACAUAUUGUUAGACAAUAAUUACAAUGCAAAAGUUUCUGAUUUUGGGGCUUCGAGAUUGAUUCCAUCCGACGAGGCACAGAUAACAACAAUUGUGCAAGGAACCUUCGGUUACUUGGAUCCUGAAUACAUGCAUACAAGCCUUCUUACUGAAAAAAGCGAUGUUUAUAGCUUCGGAGUUGUGCUUAUGGAGUUAUUAACAGGACAAAAAGUGGUUUGUUUCAAAAGACCGGAAGAAAAGCGAGUUUUGGCUAUGUACUUCGUUUCUUUGAUGAAAGAAGACAACUUGCUCGACAUUCUUGAUCCUCGAGUGCUUACUGAUAAAAAUGUUGAGCAGCUUAAGGAAGUAGCAGCUUUAGCUAGUAGAUGUGUAAGAAUGAAGGGAGAGGAAAGGCCAACAAUGAAGGAAGUUGCCCAUGAAUUAGCAGGAUUGCAAGCAAUGCCUAAACAUCCUUGGAGUAAAAGUAAAUUACAGGGAGAAGAGUCCGAAUACUUGCUUGGUGACAUGUGCAGCACUUAUACUGAUGAUGCAACGAGCAGCUCGAUGGGUUAUGAUAGCAUUAAUAACAAAAUAACAUUUGAACUUGAAGGUGCACGCUAAUCAAAUUUUCAUUUUUACAAAA